CACGGCAUUGAGUAUUGGAUCGUGUUAGUGUGCGAACGCGUACCUUAUCAGUUAAGAGUCUGAAAUCUGUUUAUUUCAGUGUUUUAAAAUGGCGCAGAAUAAUCUAGAAGUCGGAAUGAAGUGUAUUAAAUAUAUGUUGCUGUGUGUUACAGCUAUAUUUGUGCUGACAUCAGCGUUGAUAAUCUCAGUGGGCACAACUAUCUAUGCAAUUUACCACGAUGUCGCCUUCUUCCUCUACGACCAGAUGUUUUCACCAGCGACCUUCAUCGUUGUCAUUGGAGUCAUCAUGCUGUUCGUGUCACUCUUCGGAUGCAUCGGUGCUUUGAAAGAGAGCACUUGCUUAGUCAAUAUUUUCGCAGUGAUAUUAAGUUUGGUGCUGGUGCUUGAGGUCGCAGCAGCCAUUGCCGCCUACACCCUUCGUGGUCAGGUGGCGCGAAUGCUGGAUGAGAACCUCAGAGACAGUCUGCCAUACUACUACACUUACCCAGAUGUCACUGAUAGUUACGACUUUAUUCAGAACAGACUUAACUGCUGCGGUGUCGACUCAUACCUUGACUGGGGCGAAGUAACAAGCGAUCAAUCUCACGAAGGGAUAGCCGUAGCAAACAUCACUGUACCAUUCAGUUGCUGUGCCGAAACGCGCACCCAGUACGUCAAUGAAAUGCAAGUUGAAGAAUGCGAAAAAUUGUACGCGAACGGAUGCCUCCCCAGAAUAACAUACUUGGUCUACCAAAGCGCUGGAUUGCUAGGAGCCGGAGCCAUGACUAUUGCGUUCAUACAGAUUAUUGGCAUCGUAUUUUCCUUCUCACUGGCCACUUCCAUUCGCAAGGCAAAAUCUGAACGUGAACGCAGACGCUGGGAGAUUCAAGAACGUAUGAUUAACGCUUACACUUCUCUGAGUCCUGACACAGAAACUAAAGAAAAGAAGCCAGUCGUCUAUGUCCCAUUCCAUGGACAAACUGUUGCUUAGUUCUAUGAUUUAUGCAUACCUACCAUUAUCUAUGAAAAAAGAAACAAUGACAUGUAUCUAUAGUCUAUGGUGGUUUUAUGUAUCAUUUUCACCUAUAAUUUUUAACCAGACCAAUGUAUAAUUCAUUACUGUAACUUUAUAUUAAGGUCAAUUAUUAUCUAUAGAUUCACAACUUUUGGCAUAUAGCAUUCAUCUCUAGAUAUUAAUCUCUCCUUUUGAAUUUAAAAAAUAUUAUUUCUGUUUUGCUUAGAGAUUUGGUAGGUAAAUAGACAAAAUCACAGAGAUAAGUAAUCAUUAAAGGUAAUCCCAAAGAUCGGAGUAAUAUUAUUUUCAUAUUAGCUAUAGUUUUUAUUUGGGAUGUUACGGUGUUGUGUGUUCGGGGAUAGAUUGGUCCGAAACAUGAUUAUGCUGAUUUUAAAGUAACCAUAGAUCUUCCUUACGAUUUAAUCGUUUUUUAUCGUUCAAUCUCGUUUAGUCGUUCUUUUUACCAUAGAAGGGAGAGAACAAAACAGAAUAAGAAUUUUUGUGUACAUAAUCGAUUGUUGACACGACUCCGUUGGAAAGCUGCGUGACAUCCCCAAACUAUUGUAUAUAAUAAAUCUAAUCGUACCUACAUGUGAAUUAUAUUUUAUUAUUAAUAAAGACGAUAAACUUUUA